AUUUUCAUAGCAUUUUAUUCUAGAUUGCUUAUUGUAUUUAGUUAUUUAUCAACUUGAAAUUAUCUUCGAUCAAACGUCAAAAUACAAAAGUAUUAUUUUCAAUAAAUUAAACAAUAACAAAAAAAAAAGCACAAUAAUGUUGAAAUGAACCUUCAUUGAUAAGCUUGAAAGAGCAAUAGGUAGGUCUGGCGGUCUAGUCCUUACGCCACGAUUCAAGUCCCCCACCACGCAUUUCUGAGUGAGGGAACCUGGAACUUGCCUUUCUUUCAAUGCCCUACAGCUGUACCUCUUUGUUAGUUUUACAAGAAUGUGUAACCUCCAGAGUUAUAGUUAAAAAAUAAGUGUGAUAGAUUAGAUGGGAUGGGUUCACUCAGUCAUAGGCUUUUCUUGGGAGCUCUGUUUAAAAACAAAGAUAAGCUAUGUGAUGUGAGAACACACUUAGAAAAUGUGAAUAAUUUGUGCAGGUUUUUACAUAAGCACAGUGUUAAUUAUAGUCUCAAAUCUGAUCUGCCCAUUAAAUGGUUUAGACCAGAAAAAAUUCCAUGCUAUAAGCCAGCUAAAAGUGGUGAUCUAAAGGAUUUGGGACAAGUAGAUGUAAAGUGUUUGGCUCCUUCGUUUCAGGACAUUGAUGAAUUAAAAAGUGCUGAUGAAAAUGUAAAGAAACUCUUUACCUUAGAAUUCUUACCAUACAAAUCAACUGUUAGCCACCUGAGGCAGGAGUAUGCAAACAGAGUCAAAAGGCAUGAAUUUGAUGAUGAUUCCCCUGAAGUUAGGGUUGCUAAAAUGACUGCAGAUAUAAGAGACAUGCAGAGAUUUGUGGAAACAUUCCCACAUGACAAAAGAACAAGAGUUAGGUUAAAAGAGACUAUUGAUAAGAGAAAAAGAUUACUGAAAAGGUUACGGACCUGGGACUAUAAGUGCUUUGAGUAUGUAAUAGAGAAAUUGGAUCUUAUUUACAAACCAUAUCCUCUUUCAGAUGUUUACAAACGGAUAGAAAGAAAACGCUCCAUGCGAAUGCUUACUAAUACAUAUUGUCAAAAUAUUGUAACAGAUAAACUCACAAAAUAUAAGGAAGAACUUAACUCUCAGAAAGAAUCUUAUUUGGUACAUAAGAUAGAAACCUUAAAAUGGAUUAUGAAGGAGGAGGCUUACUGCGGUGUCCAACCUACAAUUACUGAAGAUCAUUUGAAAGCUGUUGAAGCAGAAUUAUCUAAAUUAAGGGAAUCAAUGAAAACCGAAACAACUGUCAUUAAUGAAUGAUUUGUUUUUUAUUAAUUACUUUAAAUAAUUUAGUUUAAAAAAUAAAGUCUAGUUGUCUAACGAUAAAAAAA